CCACCACCACCACCACCACCACCACCACCUCGCUCUGCCCCGCCCCGCCAUGGCGCUGCACGCCUCGCCCUCGCUCGACGCCGCGCUCAUCCACUCCGCCGGCGCCGCCGCCGCGCCCGGCAGUUCGCAGUCCUCCUCGUCCUCCUCGUCGCGCACCGCCGCGCCGCAUGCCGCCGCCGACGCAUUCACCACGCACGGCGCCGCCGAGGCGUUUGGCCUGCCGGCCAUGCCCGUGCCGUACGAGGACUUUCACUUCUCGCUCGACCUGCCACACGACCUGCAGCACACCGACUUGCGCAUGCUGCAGCACGACGGCGAGUUCCAGGGCCUGCUGGCGUCGCUCGGCGGCGGCGGCGGCGCGGCGAGCUCGAGCAGCCACCCUGCCGGCGAUGCCCAUCCGGCGCACGAUCCGCUCGGCAUCUUCUCUGCCAGCAGCAGCAGCGCAGCGACACUCGCCGCGCGCCCAUUCAGCAGCGACGAGCCCAUGUCGUACGCACUCUCUCGCGCCGCCUCGACGCAAGGCAGCAGCGUCGGCGGCGGCACAGGGGGCGCAGGCGUCUCGUCGCCCGGCCCGUCUUCCUCGCUCUUCGCCUCGUCUGCGUUCUUCUCCCUCGCGCCGACUCCUCCUCCGCUCCCUUCUCAAGCGCCGCUCUUCUCCUUCGACGACCUCCUCUCUCGCUCCGAUCCCGCCCUCGCUCCGUCUCCCUCUGGCUUCAGCGCCGUCGGCAUCGGCGGCGUGCACGAUGUUGCGUCGCAUCACGGCGCCGCCGCUGGCGCCUCCAGCUCCCUCUUCGACGCCAACGAAGCGACGUUUCUCUCCAACUUUCUCGAAAACUUCGAGUCUUCCUGGGACUUCAACCCGGCGCUGCCGUCCAACAUGCCUUCCUUUGCAGACGCCACGGCCGCCGCUGCUGCGGCACUCUCGCCCACUGGCAAGCAGCGCACGAGGGGCGAAGAACGCGGCGAAGAGGCGUGGGAGAAGGGCAGGAAACGCAGCGGCAAUGUGGGAGGCGGCGGCGGCGGCGGCGAGAUGCAGGUCGAUGAGGAGGAGCAGCGUACGCCAAAGGGUGAGCGCAAAAAGGCCGGCAAGAAGGCAGCAUCGCGCGGCAAGAAGGGCGUGGCGGCGCAGCAAGCCACGGUGGAGGAGAAGGAGGACUCGGACGACUCGGAGCGAGGAGGCAGUACUCCGCACGCCGACGUCUCCUCUCAUUCCUCCGCCGCCGCCGCCGCCGCCGCCGCUGCUGCUGCAACAGAAGCACUCGCAGCAGAAGAAGCAGCUGCCGCCGCCAAGCGUGAGCUGCUCUCCGAGGGCGAGAAGCGCGCCAACCACAUUCUCUCCGAGCAACGGCGGCGCAACCACAUCCGCGAGAGCUUCAAGGAUCUCGUCGUGCUGCUCGAGGCUGGCCGAGCCUUUGGCGCGCGCGGCCUGGGCCUGGCGAGCGGCGCAGGCACGGGCAUCGAAGACGAGGGCCUCGACGAUCGCAGCGAAGAAGACGUGCGCCCGAGCGAGGACGACGAAGUGAGCAGGGCAAAGCGGAAAAAGGCACGGGCGAGGAGAACGCAGCCGGGCAGAGGCAGAGGCAAAGGAAGAGGCAGAGGCGGCAGUGCAGGCGGCGGCGCGGGCAGCAAAAGCGCCGUCCUCUUCCAGGCCGUCGAUCUGCUCAAGUGGAUCGAGGGCAAGAAUGCGGAGCUGGAGCGCACGAUUGAGCAACUGGAGGAAGCCGUCGCUGCGUAAUAAAUCUCUCUCGCUCCCGAAGUCGCAAGAGGCCUCGAGGGCCGCAGCCAUUCGCCAAGCUUCGUGACUGGGGCGCACGACAUGGGCCCGCCAUUCCAGCGUUCCGACGAUCUCUCAUAUAUACCUCGCCUCACCGGCUCCUCCUCGCGCCGCCCUCACAUACCCUCCAUGCAGGGCCCGUGGCAAUUCACAAAUGUGCAGCUUGUCGCUAGGACGGUGCCUGUGCAACGCCAAGCCUGAUG